UCAUCCAGCUGGAGGCUCCCAGAGGAGAACCUCAUGCGGGCUAGUCCGCUUGGCCGCAUCAACCUGCCGAGCGGUGGCAGCGGCGGCGGCGGACAGUAGUAUGGGUAGAAAACCUCCGGGUCUGAGUCGCUGUAGCUUCCUGUGGCGGCAGUGGCUGCCAUGCACAAAGAGGUGGGGCGUUGAGGCAAAGGGGAGGAGUUUAGGGGCAAGUAGGUGGGCCGGGAGGGGCGUGUCAAGUGGGGGUAGUACCCCAGGGGGCGGUAUUCAGAGGCGGGGUUAGAACUUCUUGAGAGGUGAAACUUGACGUCCGGUUGGCUUGCCACACGGCGAGGAAGGCCAGGGAGAAAGCUGCAGUCAUCGCUGUAAUGACCCGCCUCUGUGUGGCGCACACCCAAUAACCUCGCCCCGUUGCUUCCUGUUUGGUAGGCACUACCCAAUCCUGCCCCGCCUGAGCUUGAAGCCUGCAGGUUCCUCCUAAGCGGUGAAUAGGACGCGGGAUCUUGGCCUAGAGGGUGAAGAGAUGGCCGCCAAAGUCCGUCACGCCGACUUGGCUGCGGCAAACGCUCCAGAGAGGAAGCAGAGACGCAGUCAGACAAGUACGGGAACGUGGGGAGCACAGGGUGGUACUGGUAGGCGGGGUCGUUGGGGUACAGGAGAACCAGCUGCUGUGUUGGGUGCGGCUGCGGGUUGGGCCGGCGGCGUGAGUGGUUGCCGUAGAUACCGGCAAGCCUUUGAGCUUGGCGCUGCGCUCCCAACCACGCCUCACGGGGGUCCUCCUUCUCGGAUGAAGACGCAGAACGGAUCUGAGGCGAGAGGGGUGUGACCCGAGCCAGGCCGCGACACCUCGGCGUGACCUCCACAGACGAUUGGCUGCGCUUAGCUCUGCCUUUUCUCAAGUCGCCAUCCUCCAAGGCACAAGUGGAGCGUGGGAACAGCUCGUCGUCAUAUAGCUGCAAAAGUACAUCAUAUUAUUAUAAAUUAGCUUAUGUGACGUCUUUGUUUGGACUUACUUGUAAGGAGACGUCUGUGAGGAUGUCAGGAGAGGAUCUGCAGUGUCUGGAUUCUGAUGGACAGGAAGUCCUGCAUGGAGACAAGUAAGUAAGCUGACUGAUAUCACUGCAUGUAUUAUUGGGGAAAAGGGGUACCUGUGAAAGUUUGAAGGCUUCUUCUCGCUGGAACCUAAACACUCCAGCAGCUGCUUCUGUGUCCGCCCACUAGACAAGCAUCAUCAGACCUCAGUUAGGACGUUGUCUUAGAGACGCCACCUAAGGAACAGGAAGCUCACCUGUAUCGGAAACCGGAGCCUUUACACGACAGCAGCGUCUUCCUGUGCACCACCUGCGGCUCUUCGGCUAGUCUGAAGAACGCAUGAUACUCCACGCACAUCUUCCAGAAGGCCUUGCACACGUCCCUGCUUGCCAUGCAGAACUCCAGCGUAUCCUUAAGAGACGGCUACGUGGGGCAACACACACACACACACACACACACAUACAUAACACAGUGGUACCAAGUGGUAGACUUUGUACCGUAUGCGCCCCAGCUCCACAGCUUACCCCAACUUUAUCAUGCAGCUUAAUAAGGAAGUGCUUCCGUUUGAAGCUCAGUUUGCGAAUCUUGGCCCAGCUGAAGGUAUUGAUCUUUGUGUUCCCCUGCGGACGAAUGACAGCGUUAUCAUUCCAGAUGAGUCCACGUGGAGCUGAGCCGUCUACCUGAAAAACCAGCACCCCGCAGUGCGUCACCGCCAGAUUGAUGCGCAUGCCCUCGCCGUCGCUGGCGGCAUGUGGCCUGAUGCCAUACAUGUCCAACCUUCUGGCCACUUCCAGCAGGUGCACGUCCGACUCAGCCGGUGACACACCUCUGUGUAUGCACAGUCAGCAUGGAAUAUACCUUUUUUUUGGGGGGAGGGGGGUGUAACUUUGCACCUGUGUUUUUUGUGGAGUUUGGUGAUCUUGUGGUCCAGGUACUCCUGGUUGGGAAUGUAGUGCUUCAUCUCCAGUUGCUGAUGAUCCAGCUCUUCAUCAUAGUCCCCAAGCUCCGCUGUCAUGGAAAAAAAAUAUAUGAAUAUGCUAAAAAAAAAUUGCCCCAAUAUUUACUGUAAAUUCAGUUCAUAAACUGUCAAUUAUGACAAAGAGAGCGGACUCUGUUUGACCCUGGAACAGACUAAUUCACGUUGCAUGCAUGUGUCCUUACAUUGCAGUAUAUGAGAGACCAGCAGGGCGGCGCUGUUAUCAUUGCAUGUCAGACUGCCGUUGGACAAGUCCUGCUUGACCUGCAAGGCAAAAAGAUAGCUGCGCGCGCAUAAUAUGGCCGUCAGCAAAAUGAAAGAUGCAAGAUAACAACUCGGGGAGGGUCAAAGAGAAGCUGUGGUACCGAGUGAGGCCUCGCUUUAGUUGUCCAGGGUCUGGAGGGAAGAACUUGACUAUGAAUCUGAAGAACAGAUCGCUGGUGUCUGGAAGAGGACGUAUGACAAGUACUGAUCAAAGGUCAGAGCGACUCCAGCGGCCACCAGUGUGCAGUGGGCCUUGUACACCAGUGAAAUAAACAGCAGCCAGCCGAGACACACUCUUCUCUGAUUGGUCUCGCCCAAUGUCGGGGGCGGGGCCCGGACUCGGACAGACCUGGAGUGUGUUCAAGUGGAUUUUACGCACAGAGAGGAGAGUGGACUCUGUGGGGUCGACAGUGGACUGUAAGGAGGACGACAUCGUGGAGUGAAGGAGAAGGCGCUAAGAAGUGGACAUAAAAGCCUUUUCGCACCGUAGCAAAGUGCGCGCGGAAGAGCGUCCAUCCCUUCAUGUCGCUGCCUGGCUCCCCCUCACUCCUCCCGGCAGGCUCGGGCGCCCCCGCUCCGGCCACGUUGUACCGCUCGGCUCCUGCGGAGGCCAGCGCGACCUCCAGCCCAGCUCACGGUAACCCCCACUCGCUGUCCCCGCGGCUCAGCGGCGCCAUGCUCGGCGGCUUCUUGCCCGCGCCGGGAGGCGCGCUGGUCGGCUUGGGCAACGGCGCCGCCGCCCCUCUGGUGUCCGCGCUGGGAUCGCUGACCCCCGGAGCGCCCGCAUUGACUCAGAGCUCGUCCGGCGAGUGCAAGCUGGUGGAGGUUCACGGCGUCAAGGUGGCCAGCUUCAGCGUGCACGGCCAGGAGGAGCUCAUCUGCCUGCCGCAGGUGUUCGACCUCUUCCUCAAGCACCUGGUGGGCGGCUUGCACACCGUCUACACCAAACUCAAGAGGCUCGACAUCACGCCGGUGGUUUGCACCGUGGAGCAGGUGCGCGUGCUGCGGGGACUCGGCGCCAUCCAGCCCGGCGUCAACCGAUGCAAGCUCAUCUCCAGGAAGGACUUCGAGACCCUCUACCAGGACUGCACCAGCGCCAGCUCUCGUCCGGGUCGUCCUCCCAAGCGUUGUUCUUCCGGCGCCGGGAUCCAGGAAAGCCCCAGGCUGCUUCACCCGGGCCUUCCCGGCCUGCUGUCCCCCAACCUGCUGUCCCACACCGGCCUGACAGCAGCCGCCAUGGCCGAACUCCAGAAGCUGCAGAAGAUGAAGAUGAUGAUGAGUCUCCAGAACGGAAACGAGUCGGACAAUGAUGACUUGCACUCCAAUGCAGGAGGAAGUGAGUGUUCCUGGGACAAGGAGCGCCUGAGCAGCCCCCUGGCCGGAGCCCACUGUGGCGGCCCCGGAGGAGGUGGUGGAGGCACCACCCCGGCAGGUGCGGCGGGAGGCGGCGGGCGGGGCCCUGCUUUGGGAGCUGUCAAUCAACAGCAACUCCAGCAGCAGCAGCUACUUGCUAAUAGACUGGACCUGCCCUUCAUGAUGAUGCCCCACCCGCUGCUUCCCAUGGGGUUGCCGCCCGCCUCCGUAGCCAUGGCGAUGUCACAGAUGAACCACCUCAGCACCAUCGCCAACAUGGCCGCUGCGGCUCAGCAGAUACACGUUCAUCGGGCGCCCGUUAUCAAGGAGCGUGUGUGUGACAGCCCCUCUCUGUCGCCCUCCGUUGACGAGACCAACACGCCCCUGCAGUCGCAACCCAGUAGCUCCGCCUCCAGCUCGCCAGAAAGACUUGGCCUGCUCUCGGUUGAUGCAGAUGUGGCGCUGGCCAACCCUGCCACGCCCAUCAAGAAAAUAACAAAAGACAAAGAAGAAGAACCUUCGCUUGGGCAAGCCUUGCCCCCGGGCUUCCCUGCCCCGUUCCUAUUUGCCGACAGCCUGUCUUCCGUGGAGACGCUCCUCACCAACAUACAGGGCCUCCUGAAGGUGGCGGUAGAGAACGCCCGCGUGCAGGACAAGCAGAUCCAGGCGGAGAAGAGGGAGCUGAAGAUGGAGCUCUACCGGGAACGAGAGAUGAGGGAGAGUCUGGAGCGGCAGUUGACCUCUGAACUGCAGAGCAGAGCCUCCAUCCAGAAGCGUCUGAAGAAAGAGAAGAAGGCCAAAAGGAAGCUGCAGGAGGCGCUGGAGUUUGAGUCCAAGAGGAGAGAGAGGGGAGAGGACACCUUGAAACACUCGUCCUCGUCCUCCCCGGAGCCGCUGCAUGCCGCCAACAACGCCGCUGACGCUGCAUCCCAGCAGCAGGAUGAAGUCAAUGGGCAGCAGGAUGACGGAGAUAUGCAAGAAUCUCGAGCUUUCCUGAAGACCACCAUCAUGUUCUAGAGAGAGACUGAGCUUACAACCAGAGGCCCCCCCUGCCACGACUUACCACCCCGCCCAGGCCCCCCCCACCCCAACUCUAUUUGUUGCUCUUUUGUUGCAAACAAAGCUUUCUUCGGUCUCCUGAGUGACUCCUCGUUCCCAUGCAAAGCAUUCUGGGAAGGCUGGACCAAACAUGACUGCCUCGCAAGUUCAAAGAACACCUGAGUCCAUCUCAGACCGGAGCAGAAGGAAAUGACUUUUGGGACCGGCUCAAAAAACUUCUUUCAGGUCCUCCUGUGGCUGCAAGGAGGUCUUGGGGCCGAAGUGUUUUCUAUCACCUUGAAGAACCUUGAAGAACUACAAACAUGUACAUAAACCCACACAAACCCUUUUUUAUGACGUCAUUUCUAUAAUGUUGUAUCCUCAACCUGUCACCCGCUUUGACCAGGAAGUGACUUGAGUAGCACAUCCUUCACCCUCCUCACCCAUCACCUUUCCGCUCACGAGAGCAGCAGGUGAGCAAAUCAAGUGCUCCUCUCAAACUCUUGUCAGGUGAGAUGGGAGGGGCUCGAUGGAGGCGGGGCUAAAAGAUUAUCGUGUGUAGAUAGACGUGACCACCUACUGGUUUUGGUUUCUUUUGCUUCUUUUUCCCCCUCAGUGUGUCACUGUUGUGUGGCUGUGGUCAACUGCAAAUAUACAGUAUUACAACCUGGAAGCUUCACUGUCACAUGGUGCUCUUUUAAACACACACACACACACACGUUUAGCUUGUAUAUUCAUUCCGUUAGUGGCUCCAUGAGGUGGCGUAUUCCUGUCUCCUUGCAUCCUCGUCUCCUUCCCUCUGUCACACCUUUGAUGUCCAUCUCUCCGUCUCCAUCUUCCCCAAAAUAGCUGAUGUCACUUUUUCCAUUUCCCCCUAAUGGAGGCACAAACACUGAGCGAUGGCCGCGAGGAGGGCGGACGGGACGUGAUGGAGGGAUGAAAAGUGGACGGCGUUGAAGGAUGUGAGUAACCGUGGGGGUAAAAUA